CCCAACAUCAUGAUGCGUCUGCUUACGUCCGUCUCAAUUGGCGCUUUGGCCGGCGCAGCCCUUUCCGCAGCUCAGCUCGAAGUUCGAAGAGUAGACGUCAAAGAAGUGGCUGAUAACGGCGAGCUUGUGCCCACGCCGACUCAUGCUCUCGAGCUGAGACAUGCCGCUGUCACGACAAUUGUUGCUGCUCCCACGUUCAAAGUCACUCUCUGCCCAGAGCCAACUGGAUCAUAUGCCGCGUUGACAGCAGAGUCAGAUCUCACCUAUGGGUGCAAGCCUGGGUUUGUCUGCAAUCCCCCAAAGCCAGAUGGAUGCAACCUCUGGCCGGGGCCUCCCCCCCCAGAAUUCCAAUGCCAGCCUGAAUUCUGUGAACCAGCUCCUCCUUUACACCUCGUCAAGUGGGAAGAGGGCAAGACGGGCUACUACCCGCCGCAGGAUGGCUACUUCAAUCUGAACCCGGAGCAAUUCGGCCUGUCAUACGACAUUUUCGAGUGCAGUGUUGUCAGGAUAGCAUCAGAGGGGCACACCUCGACCUUCACGACCGGCAAUUGGGCGUCCCAGUCCAGUUUGACCGAUGGACCUCUACAGACGAACUGGCCCGGAUAUAGAAGGCGCGCCAUUAGCCCAAACAAGCAGCAAGUUCGCCGAAAGCCGCACAGCUUCGUCAAACGCGCUCCUCUGCCGUCCGCAUGCUUUGACAAAUGCACCGGCGCAUACCAGAUUGCCAUGGGAGCUGGCAAGAUACCGGAGCUUUGCGAAAAAGGUUCCCAAUUCAUGAGCGCUUUGAACGCCUGCGUUGAAUGCGUUGCCCUGACCGAAGGCAUCCCGGAGGAUGCGGUCCAGGCAGCACUGGAUCCUGAUUUCGCCCAGUGGCUCUUCUUCUGCAAUGGAACAGGAACGACGCCGACACAGUCGACGUCCUCCGCUCCCGAGUCUAUUGUCACGACGACGCCCACUGUUGGGACCACCACGCAGGCCUCUGCAAGCCCGACGACUUUCAUCGAGACGACAACUUCGAGCCCCCUCCAGCUCGACUACAAGCUCUCCCAUUGGGUCUACCACCAGCUCCAGCCCAUCUUCGAGCAGCAGCUCUCCUAUAAGUUCGUCUCAAGCGUCGUCGUCAACCCCGCCACCACCGCCAACUUCGAGCUCGACAACCAGUGCCUCGUCUCAGCCGCCUUCGUCUACCGCGGCUUCUUCGGCACCGCCUUCGUCGACACCGCCGUCCUCGACCACCCCUUCGAACUCAGCGGUCUGGCUCUUCUGUACCAGUGCCAGUUCUUCCACUGGCGCUGGCUCCCCAUCCGGUACCGAUUCCCCCACAGGUGCUGGUUCUUCCACUGGCACCGGUUCCCAAACCGGUACCAACUCCCCGAUCGGUGCUGGUUCUUCCACUGGCGCCGGUUUCCCAUCCGGUACCGAGUCCCCCUCCGGCACCGGUUCCCCAACGGGAACUCCUGUCGGAACUGGUACCACUGUCGAGACGGGCGCCGGUUCCUCGGCCGGAGCAACUUCUGGAGUAAAUGCCGGUGCCCCGGCCGGUACUGGCUCAUCGGGAGCAACUGCUUUAGCUCUCCCGGGCAGUUGGAGAGAGCAAGCUCAACCGGUCCUGGAUUCCCAGGCGGUGCUGGAGGUGCCGAGCCAACCGGCACAAGCGGCAACGGCGGCCAAGGCGGCAACAAUGGCGGCGCUGGACCUACUGGGGCGCCCCCGAAUGGCGGCGGCAGCAAUGGCGGCCAGAGCGGUCACGGCGGAGCGACGGGAACUGGUCCUAUCACUUCGCCGACCAGUGGCUUCCCUCUUUCCAACGAUCUCUCUCGACCCAGCGAGAACUUUGGUCUCCUGAUGGCCGCCAUUCUGGGUCUGUGGGUUCUCUGAUCGAGAACCCUCGCCUUUG